GUGGUUCGGGCGCCUCUCGCCCUCACCACGUGCCCGCCUCCUCUCAAGGGUCAUCACCACCGACCAACGUUCCGAAAACAUUCGCAUCGCAUCGCUCCGGCGGCGGCUGUUGCAGUCUUCCGGACCAACCUGCACCGCACUCGUGCUCGCGCCCGUUACGGCGGCAGUCGCUUUAGCCGGCGGCGUCAGUUCGAGGUGGGCGCGCGGUGCAUGCCACAGUGUUCGCGAUAAGAAAGUGCCGGUCCCCCCUCCCCCCGCGUCCCUCACCUUACCCUUCCUUGUCUUUGUGACUGAAGCGCUGUUUGCAGACGGACAUAAUCAGCAUAUCGUCGAUGGGUCGUAACGCGUCGUCCUCGCUUCCCAUGGUUUGUUGCAUAAGCUAGCUGGCGACCCGUGGGACUAAUCGGGGAGGAGCGUAGAACGCGGUUUGCUCCUCUGGUUCCGGCUCUGAGGUCUUGUUGGCACACGGCCAGCGACCAGACGGAUUGGACACCUCCAACUCGGGAUUUGCCUGCUCUACGCUGCAUAGUCAGUGUCGUUGCUCUGGCGUGACAUGUGUGCGACGAUGCGUUGGCUCCUGUGUCGCGUCGUGCGGUUGUUGCCAUAGCUUCGACGUUCGCUGUGCUUCGUCGCCCUCUGAAUGAUACUGCGGCGCCUGGCGGCCAUCCGGGGACAUCUUACGACCGGCGCCGGCUUGUGAGUGCCAGCGCCUUUGGUGACAGCUGGUGGAGUGUUUUUCUAAGGUUACCGGACACAACGACAUGCGGUGGAAGGACGUCACCCUGGUGCUCCUCGUUCAGCUUUCUCUAUGGAAGGCGUCCUCACAGGCCGAGCCCCCGUGGGAGGGCAAGGACCUCUCGCUGCCGGAGCCGCCGAGCGACCUUCCACGCCUGAUAGGCGUCGAGGUGGCCUGCGGCAAGCGACACAUGCGCGUCCAGCUGCAGUUCAGCGCGCCCUUCCACGGCAUCGUAUUCUCCAAGGGACACCACGGGCAGCCCGAGUGCGUCUACGUGGGGCCCCGCUCGGGCAUCACGGCCGCGAACUUCGACGUCUUCUACGACCGAUGCGGCACCAAGCCGGACCACCACGGCAGCUUCUACGAGAACACCAUCGUGGUCCAGUACGGCGUGGACAUCAUCGAAGCGUGGGACGAAGCCAAGCGGUUGCGCUGCGAAUGGCACGACGCGUACGAGAAGUCGGCGCUGCGCACGCCUUCCAUCCAGCUGGCCGACCUGGACGUCCAGGAGCUCAACUUCCAGGGCGACAGCGUCGGAUGCUGGAUGGAGAUACAGGAAGGCAAGGGUCCGUGGGCGAAGCAGGUGUCGAGCAUCGUGCCGCUGGGCAGCCCGCUGACCAUGGUGGUCGCCAUCAACGACCGCGACAAGCAGUUCGACAUGCGCGUCAAGUCGUGCGUGGCGCACGACGGCCUGCGCGGCCCGAUCCAGCUGACGGACGACCGCGGCUGCGUGCUGCGGCCCAAGAUGCUCACGGCCUUCAUGAAGGUGCGCGACUUCAGCGGCAAGGCGAGCGUGGUGGCCUUCUCGCACUUCUACGCCUUCAAGUUCCCCGACACCAUCGAGGUGCAGAUACAGUGCGUGGUCGAGAUAUGCCGCCACGGGUGCCCCGACGACUGCCCCGCCCACGAGCAGCACCCGGCCCACGGAGGCGGUGGUGACCUGCCUCCGCCAAAUCACCUGGAGGAGCACCAGCGACCGCCCGAACGCCACCAACCGAGACCGCCGCAUCACCAGCGGCCCCACUACGCCGCCUCGUCGUCCCAGCAUGACCAGACGCUGGAGAACGCGCCCUCGCAGCAGCAGCAGCAGCAGCAGCAUCGCCACGAUCCACAGCGGGAAGGGGUGGCCGCAGGCAGUUCCGUGCACGCGAUCAAGCACCAGCCGCAGCCCCCACCUCAGCAACAGAGCAGCAGCGCCACCCAGCCCACGGUGCAGCGUCACACGGUUCCAUUCGGUCUUCCCCUACUGUCGGUCAACGUCCUGCCUGACCAUUACUAUCCACCGACGCCACCAGGAGUCCACACGGGCCAGUUCCACCCUCUGAAUAUCGCCUCCGGGCAUCGGGCUCCUCCCCCGCAUCUGUCGUACCCGCCCUUGGACCCCCACCUACAAGUGAUGCCCCGACGUCCUUCUUACGAAGAGGCGGACGAGCAGUUACUCCCGGAAGGCCCACUCAAGGAUGUCACCACGGACCCUCCUGAGUUUUCCACAACACCUUCACAGCACGAAAUCACUUCUCACACAACCAGCGGGAAGAAAUUCGAAUCCAUCGCACAGAAACAGUCCUCCAGGGAUUCGGAGCUAUCCGCUGCCACCGCUCAGCCUGAAGACAACCCCACUAUGCGACCCCUAUAUUAUGAAGCUCCCAAGUCAGCGGAAGCCCAGCCGCCACGUUCUGAACAGGCUCCCACAACGACGAAGCCCGCGUUGCCGCAUACGGAGGUCGAGUACGAAGACGACGAUGAGACUACGUCAGAUACGCGGACCACAACGACAUCAGCGACCCCAACGAGCACGAGUGACGGGUAUUUUACGCCCACGCCUCGAGACACUUUCAACAUGCCUCCACCUGUGCGUCCGUACCCGCAGACUCCGCCGCAGGAAGGGUCUGUUUCCGAGGGAAACAAAAUCGACGCGCCCGACCCUAGUUCGGCAAGGCCGGUGUUCUUCUCGUAUUCGCCACCUUCCAGAGCCCCCGUCCACAUCCCUGUAGAAACCGACGGCAACGCCUCCGGGGGCGGCAAAUUCAGCGCCAUCAGACCGCGGCCUCCGGCACCGGCUGGCCCGACCGGCGAGCAGUACCGACACCCGAGACCCCACUACCCGUACCCGAUAUCCAAGAUCGGGCCGGGUGCAAGCAACCCUGACAUCUUCCAGGAAAGAGUCGACACCGUUUCCGAAACUGCGUCAGAACUUCCUUCCACUGUCGCUCAGACCGAGACCACGCACGACGCGAACAAGUCCGAAACGCCGUCGACCACCACGUCGACGACGACGACGACAACCGCAGACCCGACGCACGUUUCCAAGGUUCCCAUCCAGGCUUCUGUGACGCUCAUGAGCGGCCGCUUCCCGAAUGGCCCGCGCUCACUCAAGACCAAGCGCAACGCCGUCGGCUCGUCCGACCAGCUGGGCGUCCGCGGCUCGCUGAGAGUCAUCGCGGGCGUCGACUUGGCCUUCCUGCCCAACGUGACGAGGGACAACGCCGCCAUCUUCACCGGUCGCUACGAGGAGAUCAUCUACGGCGUCUGCCUUCCGGCUACGGGUCUUGCGGCCAGCGUGGGCGCCUUCGUGCUGCUCAUCCUGUGCACCACGUGUAUCGCGGCGUACCUCUACUACGUGCUCAGGACGUACGAGGCCAAGUCGAAGCAGUCGUUCGUACUCCGCAGGUUUCUCUCGACGUACAGAAACAGAAAGAUGAAGCACUGAAAACUCUCCAGCUUCGCCCUAGGUUUACAACGGUGUUUUGUUUCAAAGCCCGCGGAACAAUCUCAGGAAAGGAAACUUUGCGCCCAUGGCGACGUUGCCGAUCGUGCUUUCGACUCUUGCAUCGUGCACCGAAGGUUGUUUGUUGUGUGAAACUUUGCGUCAGUGUGCACUGCUGAGGAAUACGCGGAUCGUGGACGGCUGAGGGUGUCGCUAGGGAUCGUGAUGUCGAAAUCACGCCAACAGGACGCCAUCUGUUGACAAAUACAUACGAACAGCGCGGCGACGUCGACCAAACAGCUAACGCCUAAGGCUCGUUGACUGACUCGUCUGUAUACGAGCUCUCGUUUAGACUGAGGAGUUGGAAGUUAAUGGGGAAAGAACAAAAAAGUUGCUGAGUGUGAAAGUAUCGCGCGAUGACUGAACACUGACGCUCGGCGGAUGUGAAGUCUUACUCACGCCUAAGUAAAUGACCGGGCUCCGGUAGCGUCUGAAUGGGCUUUCCCACCGAGCACAUUGCCAUCGUAUACGCAUCAUCCCUUCUUCUAGCGCAGGGUAGUCCGCCUUAUCCAGUGCGUCACUGCGUGUGCUUUAACUAGACUGCCGGCCGCAACGGUUCCUCGGAGCAAACUGCUCCAAAAAACAGCACCUCCUGUACGUGACGAAGACGUGUGUGCGUGUGAUUUUUGCAGCGAGGUGUGGCAUUGUCUGUUCAUCUGUGUGUAUACGUGAGGCGCGAGAUGCUGCGUGUUUUGCUCCGUGCGAUGAGAACUCAGCAGCACUCAGCUCUCCGUGCCUCCGUGUCCUCGUAUGUGUGUGUGCACGUGAAGUGAACAGAACUCUCAUAAAUGCUGCAAUUAGAGGACGUUUUCACAUCCGUGUGCUCCUCUCCGCACUAAUUGGGUGCAAUCGACGUGUUGUUUCCUAGAGAUUCGCCGCUAACGACUGUGCGCACGUGGUGUAGAAUAUGCCGGUGGCGUGAUGUCAGUUACUUUUGCAAAAUUGCCUCUAACACGACUGACCUACCAACCUAUUUGUUUCAUUGCUGAACAUUUAGUAGGGAAGCAAAUCACCCGAGUUCGCCGAUUGUCUGUCGGAACAGUGCUCGCGAGAAGAAAAAAAAGAAAAAAAAGAGUAACUAACUUGAAAGUGUGAAGAUGUGGACGCGCGUGGCUAGUAUAUAGCCUCGUCGCGCUUGCGCGUGCUUUCAUUGUGCGAAUGACGCGCCUCCAUGAGAGUGAUGUAUGUAAGACAUUUGCAGAGCUGCACCACAGGAACCAGAUGUGAGCUCUUUCCUGCUACUACGACAGCACUGGUUUUGCGAGCAGCAUAAGGCGCUCAAAUUAAAAUUCGGUGUUGUUUAGAUUAUAUGGGAGCUUAGCACGUCACUGAAGGAAAGCUACACGUUCUGUAGAAAGAAAAAAAGGAAAUGACCGGUUCAGCAGGUUGACUAAGUAUGAGCUUUGCUUGCUACCCAACGCGUAAGGAAGGAAAGAUUCGUCGUUGCGAAGCGCCGCAAGUGACGCUUAUGUUGACUGAUGGACGUCACGUUCUAUAUCGCUGCGACAACUUGCUUUCCAAUUAUUUUUAUACCAAAAGUAGGAACCAGCUGAACCACAUACCCGCCUCCGUCACCGUGCAAAUUGGUUCUGCUGCUCCUAAGUCUGCUCAUGACAGUCCCUGCCUGAGACAGCGUUACUUCGCAGUAGUCAUCUUUGCUGAUGUCAUGUCACAUGUAACUCAGUCAUAGAUGGUUCCUUUCAUAACGUUCUCUUGGACCUUGGUGGUGCUGGAAUCAAAUAUUGAAUGAAGGCGCGGGGAACUAACGCGCUAAAUUGUCCCAUUAAAAAAGUGGAUGCUCUCCCAUUUUUGACCGCCUUCGUAAAAUGCCAACCUUUCUCCGGUUGCCAACUAAACAUUGUAUUAUGGCACGUACCACGUGUCAACGGAAGUUCCUUAACCAUACGGUGCAUUUUUGUCUAGAAGCCUCUAUUGGGGUUCAUGUUUCAAUGAUCCAUGCAGUGGCUUACUCGAACAAUUUUGCAUUUACUCAUUGCUGUUUCACCUGUGUAUAAACGACCAAACUUCUGAAAAAGCUUUCUUCGCUUUAUUUUUCUCGGGG